AUGAAGGUGACAAACGCCUCUCUCCUUGCGCUGCUACUGCCGGCAGUCAGCGGCCGCUUCGUCGAGACUGGUGAACCAGACCGCUCAAUCCUCUACCCCGACGGGCUUCCUCAGCCUACCGAGACCGGCGAGAAAUACCACAUCGAGCUGUCACCGGGAGAUACAAGAUGGGUUACGGAAGAUGAGAAGUGGGAGCUGCGCCGGAGCGGUAAGCGCUUCUUCGAUAUCACCGACCACCCUGACCUCGGCGCCCUUCGCGCCAUGACCGCCUCGAGAAAGAAGAGUGUCUUCCCCGAGAAGCCCAAGUAUCAGAAGGAGCUGAAGCCAUUCCUGGCCGAGCUGUCCAAAACUGAGAUGGAGGACCACCUGACCACCUUCACCUCAUUCCACACCCGCUACUACAAGUCCGACUACGGCCGGCAAUCGAGCGAGUGGCUACUCAAGCAGGUCCGCGACACCAUCGAGAAGGCCGGUGCCGAUAAGCACGUGCGCGCCGAGCACUUCAAGCACCCCUGGGGCCAGAACAGCAUUAUCGCCACCAUCCCGGGCAAGACCAACGCGACCGUCGUCAUCGGCGCUCACCAAGACUCCAUCAACCUGUGGCUGCCGAGCGUGCUCGCCGCCCCCGGCGCCGACGACGACGGCAGCGGCACUGUGACCAUCCUGGAGGCUUUCCGCGUCAUCCUGCAGUCCGAGGACAUCGUCAAGGGUAACCACGAGAACACGCUCGAGUUCCACUGGUACAGCGCCGAGGAGGGCGGUUUGUUGGGCAGCCAGGCCAUCUUCUCGUCGUAUGAGAAGGAGGGCCGCGACGUCAAGGCCAUGCUGCAGCAGGACAUGACGGGCUUCAUCACCCGCACCCUGGAUGCCGGCAAGCCCGAGAGCGUGGGCGUCAUUGUGGACUUUGUGGACCCCAACCUGACCCAGUUCAUCAAGGUUGUGAUCGACGAGUACUGCUCCAUCCCCUACGUCGAGACCAAGUGCGGGUACGCCUGCUCCGACCACGCCUCGGCCUCCAAGGCCGGAUACCCCUCGGCGUUCGUCAUCGAGUCGGCCUUCGAGUAUUCGGACAACCACAUCCACUCGACCGAGGACCUGAUCAAGUACCUGUCGUUCGACCACAUGCUCCAGCACGCCCGCAUGACCCUGGCUUUCGGUUACGAGCUGGCCUUUACCGACUUUGCCGCUCUCGAGAAGCCGGACCACUCGGAUUCGUUGUAG